GGGGCGGCCGGGGGCCAGGGCCGCGCACUUUCCGCGGCGGAGCGCGGCAGCCCCGGCUGCGUUUCGCCCGUGCGCGAAGGCUGACUCCAGACCGCGCAAGCCUCAUUGCAGUUGUUGCUUUUAAACCAAUAAGGCUGGGACAAGAGAAUAGCUGCGGUUUGCAUUACAAAAACAAAAACAAAACCCAAAGGGGAAAAAAAAAAAAAAAAAAAUAAAACCAAAAAAAAAAAAAAAAAAAAGCGAAGGGGAGUGAGAAGGAAAGCGGGCUCGGGAGCGGCGGCGUGCCCCCAGGCAGUGCCUGGGCAGACACACACGGCUGAGCAAACAGACGGCGGGGCUGCAGGCAGCCUCCCUUGGCCGCGCUUUGUCUGCCCAGCCCCGGCCCGGCGCGGCCCGGCCCCGGGGCGCUCCGGCCCCCCGCGCCAUGGCAGGCGCGGCCGCCGCGCUCUGACCCGCGGAGCUGCGCGCCGGCACCGUGCAGAAGUCCCAAACCAGUUCAGAUGUUGCUGUUUCCUCGAGCUGCAGGUCUAUGGAAAUGCAGGAUCUAGCCAGCCCACACAGACGACUAAGUGGUAGUAGUGAAUCCCCCAGUGGUCCAAAACUUGAUAACUCCCAUAUAAAUAAUAAUUCCAUGACACCCAAUGGCACAGAAGGUGACAUGACCCUCCUCAGCACUGCAGACUGGCUGCUCAGCCCUAGCACACAGAGCCCCGCAGUUAAAACAGAACCAAUGAACAGCAGUGAGAUCGCUACUACUACUACCACAGACGGGUCUUUAGACAAUUUCUCAGGAUCAGCAAUUGGAAGCAGUGGUUUCAGCCCAAGACAAACACACCAGUUCUCCCCACCACAGAUUUACCCUUCCAACAGACCCUACCCACAUAUUCUCCCUACCCCGUCUUCACAAGCGAUGGCUGCCUAUGGGCAGACGCAGUUUACAGCGGGAAUGCAGCAAGCUACAGCCUAUGCCACUUACCCCCAGCCUGGCCAGCCCUACGGAAUCCCUUCCUAUGGUGCAUUGUGGGCAGGCAUCAAGACAGAAGGUGGAUUGGCACAGUCCCAGUCACCUGGACAGACAGGAUUUCUCAGCUACGGUGCCAGCUUUAGCACACCUCAACCUGGACAGGCUCCCUAUAGCUACCAGAUGCAAGGCAGCAGUUUUACAACAUCAUCAGGAAUAUAUGCAGGAAAUAAUUCACUCACAAAUUCUACUGGAUUUAAUAGUUCACAGCAGGAAUAUCCCUCUUAUCCCAGUUUUGGCCAGGGCCAAUAUGCACAGUAUUAUAAUAGCUCACCAUACCCUUCACAUUACAUGACAAACAGCAACACCAGCCCUACGACACCCUCCACAAAUGCAACAUACCAGCUUCAAGAACCACCAUCUGGCAUCACCAGUCAAGCAGUUACAGAUCCUGCAGCAGAGUACAGUACAAUCCACAGCCCAUCAACCCCCAUUAAAGACUCAGAUUCAGAUAGAUUGCGUCGUAGCUCAGAUGGGAAAUCACGUGGACGUGGCAGAAGAAACAAUAAUCCUUCACCACCACCUGACUCUGAUCUGGAGAGAGUAUUCAUUUGGGAUUUGGAUGAGACAAUCAUCAUUUUCCAUUCCUUGCUUACAGGGUCCUAUGCUAACAGAUAUGGAAGGGAUCCUCCCACUUCUGUGUCCCUUGGACUCCGAAUGGAAGAGAUGAUUUUCAAUUUGGCGGACACACAUCUAUUCUUUAACGAUUUAGAAGAAUGCGACCAGGUUCACAUUGACGACGUGUCUUCGGAUGACAACGGUCAAGAUUUAAGCACGUAUAACUUUGGAACAGACGGCUUUCCCGCGGCUGCCACCAGCGCCAAUCUGUGCCUGGCGACCGGCGUGCGCGGAGGGGUGGACUGGAUGCGGAAACUGGCCUUCCGCUACAGACGAGUAAAAGAAAUAUACAACACCUACAAAAAUAACGUUGGAGGUCUGCUUGGUCCAGCAAAAAGAGAGGCUUGGUUACAGCUGAGAGCAGAAAUUGAAGCUUUGACAGAUUCUUGGUUAACACUUGCACUGAAAGCACUCACCCUCAUACAUUCGAGGACAAACUGUGUGAACAUUCUCGUAACAACUACUCAACUAAUUCCAGCUCUGGCAAAAGUCUUGUUGUAUGGACUAGGGGUUGUAUUUCCCAUAGAGAAUAUUUACAGUGCAACUAAAAUAGGAAAGGAAAGUUGUUUUGAGCGAAUAAUUCAAAGAUUUGGAAGAAAAGUAGUGUAUGUUGUUAUAGGAGACGGUGUCGAAGAAGAACAAGGCGCAAAAAAGCAUGCUAUGCCGUUUUGGAGGAUCUCGAGCCACUCUGACCUUAUGGCCCUUCACCAUGCCUUGGAACUGGAGUACUUGUAGCAGCUUAGCAGCACUUUCAAACCUCAGAGCCUCCUUCUGCCCGUGGAUGAGAUGCCUGUGUCUUGUGUCAGCAUUGGACUACAGAACUCUGUGAUUUCAACGUGUUGACGUACAGCUGCAAUUGGUCUUAACCCUUGGCCUUUCAGUGAGGGGAGGAGCAUGUUCUUUUCUUCAGAACAGCUGUUGGCUCUGGUACUGCGAGUCCAACGAAAAUAAGCCAUGCGAGUGUUUGAACAACUCAUCUUUACCGUAUUCGCUACCAAAAAGAAAUAGAGAAGGAAAAAAACAAAGUGGGGGGAAAAAAAAGAAGAAGAAAAGAAAAGGAAAGGAAAAAGAGGUUCAUACCUGUGAAGAAAAGAAAAAGGACCUGCAAAUGCUUUGUAGUUUUUAGCCUCUUCAAUGUGACACACACCAUUUCUUCAACACAGCAAACUUGAUUGCACAAUGAAGACUGAGAUUUUACAAAAUACCAGUGGAGUAAUUUUCUUAUAAAGAAGGUUUACGUUUUGGUUUCUCAUACCCAGGGUACUCUGUACAUCUUUACUUAUUUAUGAACAGACUGUAUUUUGACAUCAUAUAACUGAGGAUAUGUAUAAUAGGAUUAAAGGCUAUUAUAAGCCUUUGCCUUAUGGUACAGCAACUACUUUUGAUUUUAGCACAUUACAGAGUAGUUUAAAAUAUGUCUAAUUUAAACUAAUAGGUACAUCACUGAGACAAUCAUGUACAGGAAGAAUUUUUUGUGUAAAUUUGUAAUAAUGAAUGAUUCUUUUACAUAUUGUUAAGGUAAAUGCUAUUGAAAGAUAGUAAUGCCUUGUUGGUGAAGAAUGAGGCCACGUGUGCACAAACUUGUGCAGUGCCUUAUCAAUGUGUUGGAUAUAAAUAUGUAGAUAAUGGAUUUUUUUUAGAUAAAUUUGUCAAGACCAAAAGCAUGGAUGUCAAGUGUCAAUAGGAAUUGGGUUUUGUUCUCAGCUGUUUCUCUGCCAUUUUCUUCUCUCACCCACUCUAUGAAAAGAUUGAUUUUGUGUGUCCCCCCUGGUUGAAGCAAAUACAGAUAAAACCCAAGUGAAGAGGAGGCCUUUAUUGUCUUUUUGUUUCCUCUUUUAAAGUUAACAUAUUAACUCUUUCUUAGAGUAUUAAAAAAUUGAGUAGGAGGUCAUUCCAUAAAGAAAUAGAGAAUGAACACAAAUAUAUUUUAAGAUGUAACUUAAACUGGAACCUUGGUACUGAAUAGCUUUUUUCUCAUCCAAAAAUGAAGGAAACUAUCAUCACUAAUAUUUUUAGAAAUUAGAAAUGAGAAUAUUUUGGAAAAAUUAAACAAGAAUGCUCAUAUACAUUUAAGUUUUUUAAUCCUCUUCCACCAGGAGUCAGAUUUUCCUAAGAUAUAACAUCCAUUGCCGGCAAUGGAAAUGCUGAAAUGGUUAUCACCAAGGAGUUAAAAUUUGCUUUUGUCUGUACUAACUUAAAGGACAAACCUAGACUGUGUCUGUCUGUGACUUGUGACUUUUCUGAUCUUGAAGGCUUUGAGCUACUUGGUUAAAUAAACUGUUAGUCUGACUUUUUUUUGGCUUGAAUUGUACCAAUUCCCUUGGCCCAGUUAAAUAUCUUAUUAAAAAUAAGCCUUACCUUUGUUGCUAAUUUUCUGGUUUUUCUUCUUUCAUUUUUUUAAAAAAACCACCAGCCUCAAAACAGCUACCUGCAAAGCUACAGAGCACCAAUGUAGCUACAAAUCAACACCCUUCUCUAUUGGAGGAAUCACAUUGCUGCUAGAAUAAAAUAUUUGUGGAUUGCCUUAGUACCAACAGAGAGGUUUUUAUCUUACUAAGACUUGCACGUGUGCUUUACUUUACCCAGUAUGAGUGCUGAAACUUGUGCAGCACUCACAUGCGUGCAUAAAGCACAUUGUGGAUAGUUUUUAGAAUUGAGACUAUCAUUUUCUUUCCUCAAGCAAAGUAGACAGUGAUGGGGGGAUUGGUUGUCUUUUUUUUCUUUGGCUCUUUUCAAUUUUUAGUCACUCGCGGACUGAAAAAAAUAACAAAGUUUAUCUGGGCCUUAUUGUACAAAAAGUGUGUUGUGUCCACAAUUGUGUACAGAAUUUUUCUUCAUUAAUUUUGUUUUAAAUUAAUAAAAUUGAUUUGUGAACGUAUUAAA